AUGACAUCUAGAUGUGAUCGUACAAGUUUACAUUUUACUCGAAAUGAUAAAUUUCUAGUAGAUAAAACAGAUUCAUCAUUCAAUUUAAUCACUGGUUGGGAAGGUUUGGCUAUUUUAAGACAUGGUUCAAUGAUGCAAUUCGGUCGUUAUAAAUUUAUAUUUAGUUUAGUCAAUCAUUCUUUACCUUCCUAUCCAUCAUCAACAUCAUCAUUGACGUCAACAUGGUUGACAAUGAAUCAUAGUUCAACACAAUCUUCUUCUUCACAUGAAUCACCAGUACUACUUACAGAUUCUUUAUCAGUAGUAACGAAAGAUUUUUUAAAAUUAUCUAAAAAUAACAAUUUACUUGUUCAAUAA